GAUGUUACAAAAGCGCUGAAACAAACGAUUACAGUUAAAAUGGAGUCUUCGGCAUUGAUUACGAAAGAGGAUGGUGUUGAGUAAGCUGGUGUUGGUGUUUGAAAGGUAUGAUAGUGAAUUAUUUUCCAGAACCGCAAAGCUAUGUCGAUGGUGUCUGUCGAACGAUGAUGCUUUGGAUGCUCUAACGAGCGGCGAUGCCGGACAAUAUAAAGAACAAGAAUAUAGUCAAGAGAUUGAAUCCUCUCUUGGAGUCCCAUCUGAUUUGUGCUCAAUGUGCGAAGCGCGCUUAAAAAAGAUGGAUCUGUUUCUUUGGCGAUGUAAUGAAAACAAUGUUUUGGUCGAUAAAUUUAUCAAACAGCAGAAUACAGUGAAGAACGAAACAGAAAUCCUUCAAGACCAUCUUGACCACUCUGGCGAACAAAUGGUUGGCUCACCACUGUCAAUUGAAACCGAAGUUUUCUCACCGGACACAGGGAAGGAUGUGCACUUGAAUCAGAGAUGUUGUACGGUUCAUCAAACGAACAGGACUUAUGAAUGUUGUGGCAACCAACCAUUCGAAGCAGAAGAAAACCCAAUUACAAUCAAAUUAGAGUAUGUAGAUGUCGAUGAGCAGUAUCGGCUGGGAACGAAUGCUUUACUGGAUCAUGAACCGGACGACCUGCAAACAAAUCCUUUAGAAUUACUCGGUCAGGAUCGAGAAGAUCACUCUAUAUCAAAGAACAUGUGUGCAGAUGGCACAAAGUUGUCAAUUAAAACUGAAGUUACCACAUCGGAUGAGACGACGGAUUUGCACUGGAACCAGAAGAGUUGUACUGUUCGUCAAGCGAAUAGGACAUAUGAAUGUUGUGGCAAACUACCUGAUGAUUUAUUCGAGGCAGAGGAAAAUCCAAUUGCAAUCAAAUCAGAGUACGAAGAGGACGAUGAGAAGCAUCAGCUGCAAAUGUCGCAAGAAACGCAAGUCGCAAGCCAUCGCAAGAAACAAAAGCACCAUUGCCCUCAUUGUCCCGCAACAUAUCCAGCAUUAAGUAAGUUAAAGAUUCACAUACGCUCUCACACUGGGGAAAGGCCAUACCAGUGUAAAGUAUGUGACAAAAGCUUCUAUUCAACAAACAGUCUGACAGAACAUUCCAAAAUUCACAAUAAGGACCAACACCAUCAGUGUCCUCAUUGUACAUUAAUGUUCGCACAGUUACAUAGCCUAAAGGUUCAUAUCCGUACUCACACCGGUGAAAGACCAUACCAAUGUAAAGUCUGUGACAAAGCCUUCUAUGCAUCAGGUCAUAUGACAGAACAUUUAAAAAUUCACAAUAAGGACAAACAGUAUCAGUGUCCUUAUUGCCCUUCAAAAUUUGCCACUUCGUCAGGGUUGAACGUACACAUCCGCACUCACACCGGCGAAAGGCCAUACCAGUGUAAAGUAUGUGGCAAUGCAUUCAAGACUUCAGGCCAUCUGGCAGAGCAUUCGAAAAUACACAAUAAGGACCUACAGCAUAAGUGCCCCUAUUGUUCAUCGAAGUUCGCGCAGACUACCAAAUUGAAAGUCCACAUCCGUACUCACACCGGCGAAAGGCCAUACAAGUGUAAAAUUUGUGACAAAGCUUUUCAUUCAUCUGGCAAUCUGGCAGCACAUUCGAAAAUUCACAAUGAGGACCAACAGUAUCAGUGCCCCUAUUGUUCAUCAAAGUUCGCACAGUUUUACAAAUUGAGAUUCCACAUCCGCACUCACACCGACGAAAAUCCAUACAAGUGUAAAUUCUGUGACAAAGCGUUCACGAAAUCAACCAAUUUGGCACAACACUCCAAAAUUCACAAGAAGGAUAAACCUUAUUAAACUUCACUGUCCAUUCAAGUUUGCGUUUGUAUAAGAUUGAAUUUUGCAUGUUUACUGAAUCAACGCAAUAAAAUUAUUCUGGAACAAAUUGUACUGUGGAUAAAAUAAGAAAUCUUUAAUAUCAGCCUCAUGUGUCCUCCAGUUUAACUUUAGAAGAACGGACCACGCUGCUCAGACAGUAUCUCCAUCAGAAACGCUACCUACCGGAGCAUUUCUUGCCUUUUUCCUUUUAGUGUUUCCGGUUUAUGGAGGACCGUAGACCUACUUCACCAACAGUGGAAGCCUCGGACGGUAGAUGUCAACCUCCGUUGUAUAUCAAUAAAUAAACGAACUAUUGUGUUUGAAUACAUAUAAAAAUCAUUAUAUUCUGUAUCGAUAAAUGUCGAUUCAAU